AGAUGAAGAGGAAGUAAGAAGGAGAUGCAAUUGUCUCAGCUGCACAAGAACAGAAAGUCAAAUAAGGAGAGCCAACCACUCAAGAACAGAACAGUAUUCCAAAUAAGAAGAUCUUGUAUCUACGUUUGUUCUUUUAUUGGGCAAUCUCAUUCCUCAUAACCAAGAAUUUUACUACCAUGUGGUUUGACAAAAUAUUGCUUAUCUCGUUUGUUCUUCUUCCCUCUUGCGUUUGCCUUGAUACCUUUACUCUAAAUCAAGCCAUCAAAGACGGUGAUGUGUUAGUCUCCGGCAGGGAAAUCUUUGCACUUGGAUUUUUCAGUGCAGGCAAUUCUAGCAACCGUUACGUUGGAGUAUGGUAUAACCAAAUUUCUAACCAAACUGUUGUGUGGGUUGCAAACAGAGACAACCCUGUCCCUGAUACCUCUGGAGUGCUAUCCAUAAAUGGAGAUGGAGGCCUAGUCAUCUAUGGAAAUAACCGAAGUUUCCCUCUUUGGUCUGCUAAUGUCACUCUCUCUUCUCCAAACAAUUCAAUUGCCAAGCUUCUGGAUACAGGAAAUCUUGUCUUGCUCGAGAAUGAGGAUAGUCAAAAGGUUAUAUGGCAAGGGUUUGAUUAUCCCACUGAUACAAUGCUUCCACUUAUGAAACUUGGUUUGGAUAGGCAGUCUGGGCUGAACAGGUUCUUAACAUCUUGGAAAUCGAAAGAUGACCCAGGAACUGGGAGCUGUUCAUAUCGGCUUAACCCUAGUGGAUUUCCACAGAUGAUUUUGUACAAGGAUGGAGCUCCAUGGUGGCGGGAUGAAGUAGCAUCUUGGGUUGAGACAUGUUGUACUGUAGCAAUUUUAGUGAACAAUGCAGAUGAGGUAUCCCUUAUGUACUCAGCUAAGAACAUUCAGUCAAAUUUCACAAAGACGGUGUUAGAUGAAUCAGGAACAUUAAGACAGUUUACGUGGAAUGAUCAAGCACAAAAAUGGAUAGAAUUAUGGUCUACUCCGAUAGAGCAUUGCGAUUUUUAUGGACAAUGUGGUCCAAAUGGUAACUGCGAUCCCUAUGCUACAGAUACUAUAGAUUGCAUCUGCCUUCCGGGGUUUGAACCCAAGUCUCCAACUGAUUGGUACUCGAGAGAUGGGACGGAUGGGUGUGUAAAGAAAAAAGGAGUAUCUACAUGCCGAAAUGGGGAAAAAUUUGUGAAUCUGGAAAGUAUGAAAAUACCAGACUUGUCUAGGGCACUUGUUAAUAUGAAUAUGAGUAUGAAAGCGUGCAAGCAAGAAUGCUUGAAAAAUUGUUCUUGCGUUGCAUACAGUAGCAGCGACAAAACUGGAUGUGUGACAUGGUAUGGGGAAUUGAUGGACACGAGGGUGCAGCCCAGUAAUGGUCAAAAUUUAUAUGUACGAGUUGAUGCAAUCGUCUUUGCUCAAUAUGCAAAGAAGUCAAAUGAUUCUCUUAGCAAGAAGGAAAAGCUGGCAAUUUCACUAGUAUCUGUUUUAGCGCUAUUUCUACUAGUUUUCCUUGUCUAUUGGUUACUGAGGAUGAAGAGAAAAGGUAAAAGAAGACGAGAUGAAUAUUCAUUUAGCUUCUUCAACGAAUCUACUGGUGGAAUGGAACCUGCUGAAAGUAGCAUAAGCUCAGAUUUGCCAUUCUUUGACCUAACAACCAUAGCAGCAGCCACAGACAACUUCUCUCUUGCAAACAAGCUUGGAACAGGCGGUUUUGGCUCCGUCUAUAAGGGUGUACUUUUUAAUGGAAAGGAAAUAGCAGUGAAAAGAUUAUCGAAGACCUCGGGUCAAGGAAUUGAAGAGUUUAAAAAUGAGGUUUUGUUGAUUGCGAAACUCCAACAUCGCAACCUUGUGAGGAUAUUAGGUUGUUGCGUUCAAGAUGAAGAGAAGAUGCUAAUCUAUGAGUACUUACCAAACAAAGGCCUCGACUUUUUUAUUUUUAACGAAACCAACAGAGCACUUUUAGAUUGGACAAGACGCUUUGAGAUUAUCCAUGGAAUCACUAGAGGAAUUAUAUAUCUUCACCAAGAUUCAAGAUUAAGAAUUAUCCACCGAGAUCUAAAGGCCAGCAAUGUUCUACUAGAUGCUUCUAUGAACCCCAAAAUUGCAGAUUUUGGUAUGGCUAGAAUUUUUAAGGGAGAUCAAAAUGAAGCAAAUACAAAGCGUGUGGUUGGAACAUAUGGUUAUAUGUCACCAGAGUAUGCAAUGCAAGGAAGGUUUUCGGUGAAGUCAGAUGUAUAUAGCUAUGGCGUUUUACUAAUAGAAAUCAUUACCGGAAGAAAGAAUAAUGGCUUUUACCAUGAGGAACAUCCUUACUCAAAUUUAGUUGGGCAUGUUUGGAACUUGUGGAGUGAAGGUAAAGUCUUGCAAAUAGUUGAUUCGUCCAUUGGUGAAUCAUACCUCGUCAAUGAAGUUCUGAAAUGUAUUCAGAUUGCCUUCUUGUGCCUGCAAGAGUAUCCAGCUGACCGGCCAACCAUGUCUGAAGUUCUUUUCAUGCUAGGUAACGAUGCGGACGCUCUUCCUUCACCACGAAAACUUGCAUUCUUAUUGGAGAAAAGCAGCAGUUCUAUGGGUGGCAAGUUGUCAACCCAUGAAGGAUAUCAUUCUCUAAAUAAUUUCACAUGUAGUGUGGUAGAAGCUAGGUAGGAGCGUACGAUCUUUUGUGAAUUUUGGCCAGGCACGGAACCAAGAAUUAAAUUUGAGGUGUGCUAAAUUUACUUUAUGCUGGGAAGAAAAAUUAUUGUCAAAAAUUUGGCAGAGUUUACUUUGUUUUGAUGGAAUAUCUCAAUUGCAUAA